AUGGCAGACAAUUUGUGGAUAAACAAUAGGAGAAAACUUCGAAUAGGUAGAUGGUACAACUCUGACUCUGGAGUUGAUCCAGGAGAAGAGACACAUUUUUCCUGGGAUUUCAGACUGGGUUUAUGCAUCAGCAGAUUAUUAAGUCCGAUAUAUGGCCGUUGGAAUGGGCGGUAUUUAUGCUUUAUACUCUUCCUAUCACAGAGUUGUUCGGCUUGUACCGUGUGCCUGUAUACCAGACAGGCUAGGAACAUUUACUCUGCAAACCGCAUAGUUGCGACAAUUACACUAAUUAAUCUACCCUGGGUGUAUGUCAUUCCACAUUACCCAUGUAGACACUACAGUUUCCUGUGGGUUUUGAGAAUCUUCAGACCUUAGAGUAGACUCUUUAGAGGUUGAAUUCUCAUAGUGAGUUGUGAGAGAUUUUUUCCUUCUUCUCAUCACCAAGUAAUACCUGGAGACUCUCAUGCUGGUAUGUUAUUAGUCACAAUACUCCCUGUCUUGUUAGGUCUUUAUAGAUUCAUAGGCAUGGUCGAUGGAACAGGUUGAGAAUCUACCUCCCAUUCUCCCGAGUAGUAAAACAUUCUUCCUUCUAAUCAGUACUUAAGUUAGUGCUUCCCAGGGAAUCUGUAGAUUGUUACCGUCUUCCUUGUGUCCAAGGUGUCCUCUAUAUGCAAAGGCACUCUUGGUAAACAAGUCAAGGAAGAAGAUAUUCUCCAUCCAUAUUCAAAGCCAGGGAACUUUAAUGUUAGUAGCUAACUCAUCAAGUUUCUUCUGUAGUAGUUCCAUGGUUAUCGAUAUCUGUCUUAGUAGCAGUGUCUACUUUUCAUAAUCUUCUGUAUUCUGAACUUGUCUCAGUCUGUGUAGAGAAUCUAAGGUCCCUGGGAAUGGAAGAGUCAGAGUCCAUUUUGUAUCUGUGCCCUUUGUUUGUCUAGACCUAUAGUCUUUUGUCACGCCUAUUGUGUAUUGUCUACAUUCAUCUCUGCACAUUGCUCAUCUAGGAUCCACCCAUAGAACAACCCUCUGCUCAUACUGGUUAAUAGAUUUUAUAGAUAGAACAAUUGUUUUACAGU